UAAAAACACCAAAACACCAGUAAAUUUCGCUCGUUUCCCCAAACAAAAAUCACUGCACAGCAGAUUGACUUAUUUGCACCCGGCUGCCUUGAUUGAUAAGCAAAACAAAAACAAACAAGAUGCGCGCGUAAAUCAGCACAAAACAAAAUCGAAAAAAACAGCGCUGCCAGGUCGUUCUGUCAUACGAGGGGAGAGCCGAUGCGUGGUUCAACGUGGUACCCGCGGUUCACAGCUUAUGAGUCAUACUUUUUGACAAAUGUUGUUCGGAGUGUUUAGUCUUUAAUUAGUCUAUGGUUUUUACCUAGACUAAAAACUCAAAAACUUGACAAGUUGACAUCUUGACAACUGAAUAAACAUAUGAAUAACAACAUAACAACUGAUAAUUAUUUGAAAAUAGAAUAUUCAACCCGAACCAGUCCAAUAAACUUUGUCACCCCUGACGGUAUCCAGACUAAUUUCAACCAGAAGGCACCUUCCAGCUCUCUUCUUGCAGUCUGUCACUUUUGGGACAAGUAGGGGAACAGCAUCUAAUUCCAGCGUGCCUCUAAUGUUGCCAUAUCAGCAUUUUGGCAUUGAAUUACAGCUCAUUAAAAGCGUUUUCAACUGAAAUCGAGUGAUAAAUAGCUCAACAAGAAAUGAGCAAGCAAGACUCUAUCAAAAGUUUUGCAAAAUUAGUUGUUUAAAUAGUGAAAAUCAGCAAAUUGGAUGGAAUUAGGAGCAAGUGCUUAACCUGCCAAACAUACGAGAAUUUUCCCUAGUUCCCCGUAGCGCUGUGUUCAUGUGCCAGGAUUAUAAUUUCAGGAUGUUUCCCCGUCCUUUAAGCACGCGCUAUCCAACAACAUGUCAAUCCGAGGCCAAACGUACUGCAGCACGCAAAAAAAAAAGAAGACAAUCCGUCAAUUUCCGCCCGCUGUUACAUCGACACCCGGGUCAUCAAGAAUCGGCACAAAUUUCAACCGAGUCGAAACUUGCCGUCGUGCAAUAUUGGCACGCGACAAAAACUUUGCGCGAAGUGCGUUUUUUUUUCGUGGGCUCGUCGUACCUGCGGGCACGAUAACUGCAAGCUGGCCAAAACCCGCCGAUCAAUAAAACCGACCCCCUUCUCGGAAGAGGUUUCAGUUUGGUAGCAGACCGUCCCGCUGGAAGGAUGAAGUUCGUGAUCGUAUUAGCCCUCGUCGUCGUGGCCACCCUUGGCCCGGUUUGUGCCGCGCCGGCCAACUCGGAUGCGCUCCAGGUGGUAGCCGCUGAGCAGGACGCAACCACCACCGACGAGAAGACGGUGGACGUUGAGCUGAGUGACGCCGCGACCGACAACAAACUGUCCGAGGAGCCAGGUACCGACGGUGACGUUGAUGAUACGCGUUCUAAACGGUCAGUUGCUUGUACCGAUAUCGUAGGCGCGAACGGCGAAACCGAAACCGUGUGCGACGAGGAUCAGGAUGCGGCGGCCAGCGAGCCGGACAACGCGCAGCAGCGGUACGCCUCCGGCGGCAAGGGAGGGGACGGGUACGGAGGCGGCAAGGGAGAAUCCUCGUACGGGUAAGGCUUGCGUGUGAAGGUGGGGGUCUCGUUACGAAAACUUGAAGUAGUUGUUUGUCUUGUUACAGCGGUGGAUACGGCGGUGCUGAUCACGGCAAGGGUGGAGAGUACGGUGGCCAC